GUGGGAGAGCCGUGUAACGACCGUUAAUCAACGUCUCUUCUCUAUCCUGAAAUCAUCGAUGCAGAGCACUAAUGUCUAUAUAUGGCUGUCUUCUUCAACCUCUUUUUCUUAAGACAUCUCAAACACUAUCUAUAAAUUGUGUCUUUUUAAAUCUGUUUUUUUAUUAAAAUUCAUCUCCCUCUACCCAUUUUCUCUUCUUGGGUUCAUAACCAUUAACACAAUAACAUCUCUCUCUUUCUACUUGUUAUGAAAAUUUGAAUUUUGGUGAGAAAUAUAAUAUAUUAGAGAGAGAAGCCAUGUUUCUAAGGCGCCUCUGCCGCCGUGAUACAAUAAAAUUUUCGGAGAAGCUUCUUGAUAGAUAUCGAUUUCCCGAGUUUGGAAACUACCAUUUCUAUACAUCUCGAGCUGCAUCUUCGUCACAACAAAUUGCAUCAGAUAUUUACAGGAGUGAUGAAGACGAAGCAAAUGUCAAUUGGGAGGAGCUUGGAUUUGGUAUUGUGCCUACCGAUUACAUGUACGUCAUGAAAUGUUCUAAAGAAGACAGAUUUUCAGAAGGGAAACUCAAUCGCUUUGGAAACAUUGAGAUGAGCCCAUCUGCCGGAGUAUUGAAUUAUGGACAGGGACUCUUUGAAGGACUAAAAGCAUACAAGAGAGAAGAUGGGUGCCUUGCACUCUUCCGCCCAGAAGAAAAUGCACUCCGAAUGCAGAAGGGAGCUGAGAGAAUGUGCAUGCCAUCACCCUCUGUAGAGCAAUUUGUCGAUGCCGUGAAGCAAACUGUCUUGGCCAACAAACGCUGGGUGCCUCCUCCUGGAAAAGGGUCGCUGUAUGUCAGGCCUCUGCUUAUAGGAAGUGGACCUGUUUUGGGCUUGGCUCCAGCACCGGAAUACACAUUCCUGAUAUAUGCUUCACCUGUUGGCACCUAUUUCAAGGAGGGUUUAUCACCCAUUAACUUGUUCGUGGAUGAUGAAUUUCAUCGAGCCACUCCAGGCGGGACUGGAGGCGUGAAAACUAUUAGCAAUUAUGCACCCGUUUUGAAGGCACAGGCUCUAGCAAAGAGCAAAGGGUUUUCUGAUGUUUUAUACCUCGAUUCAAUAAACAAGAGAAAUCUUGAGGAGGCCUCUUCAUGUAAUGUUUUCAUCGUGAAGAAUGACGUUAUAUCAACUCCCACUAUUGAAGGAACUAUUCUACCAGGAAUUACCCGAAAAAGCAUCAUUGAGAUUUGUCCUCAUUAUGGCUACCAGAUUCAGGAGCGUCCUGUAUCAGUAGAAGAAUUGAUGGAUGCCGACGAAGUUUUCUGCACAGGAACUGCAGUGGUUAUCGCUCCUGUUGGCAGUAUAAUGUAUCAUGGUAAAAGGGUUGAAUACAGAAGUGGAGUGGAGACAGUGUCCCAGAAAUUGUACUCAGCCCUUACAAGUAUUCAAAUGGGUCUUGUGGAGGACAAGAUGGGUUGGACAGUUGAGAUCGACUGAGCUCUUCCUACUUUGUACAUAGAAGUAAAAGAAAAGAGGGGAAAAAGAAAAGUACAUAAAACUGCUCUGUUUCCCCUCCAAUCCUCGUCAAUACAUUGUGUUGUAAGUUAGCCAUGUAAUGAUUUCAUUUUAGGCUCCAAGCCUAAAAUCUCGUUAGCUGAUCACAUCGCCAUUACUUGCUUAUUUUCAUUGUAUACAUAUGAAUUAAAGUAAAUAAUGUUAUGAGGGGUUCUAUA